AUGACUGUCAAACCUCCUUAUAGGGAGACUCUGAUGGUCUACAAGAAGGGAGGAGUGAGCUGGAUCUCUGUCUCAGCCUCUGAGUUUCACACUGUGGAGGUCCGGCUUGGCUGGAUCUCUGUCUCAGUUUCUGAGUCUCACAUUGUGAAGGUUCAGCCUGGUGAAGAUGUUACACUGCAGUGCAAAAAUACAUCCCAAUUUGCGUCUGGCGCUUUCUGGUCCAAAAUUGUCAGCAAAACCAAGAUCGUCUGUAUCUCUGCUAUGACCGGUUCUACGAGGUCUAAGAUUGAACUUAGGUACUGCGAUGGUUUUCAAAGUGGAAAAUUUGAAAUGAGUACCAACAUCUCUACUGUUUCUCUCAAAAUCAAACAAGUGAAUUCAUCUGACUCUGGACUGUAUUACUGUGGAAUCUACUCAAAAGGACUUCCAGGUUUCAGUGAGCUAUGUUUAAAUAUUGAAGGACCAACAGAUGCAUCUCCAGGUUCAACAGUCCUGAUCCCCCUUAAUAAUGAACCAACCCCAUGUCCAACUGAAGAAAGAGGCAGUGAUGAAUCAUAUGAUGACGUGGACAAGACAUCUAACAAGUCUGGUGUAAUAUUAAUGCUGACGAGUGUGAUCCUGGGUGGUCUGACUGCUGUUCUUGUAAUGGUCAUCAUUGGUCUGCUGCUCAAGAAGAACACAAUCCACAACGAAGUGAGGUGA